AUGGCUAUGCAACAACACAUAGGUUCUUCUUCUUCUUCUUCUUCAUCUUCUAUGGUAGCAUCCUUGAAAAAAUAUGAUGUUUUUAUUAGCUUUCGUGGUGAGGAUACUCGUAAAACCUUCACGAGCCAUCUUUAUGAAGCUCUUAACAAAAAAGUUCUAACAUUUAUUGACAUUGAGCUUGAAAAAGGAGAUGAGAUCUCAUCAGCACUCCACAAAGCCAUUGAGGGGUCAGAUGCUUCUAUAGUCAUAUUUUCAAAGGACUAUGCAUCUUCAAAAUGGUGUUUGAAUGAACUCGUUAAGAUUCUAGAAUGCAAGAGAGAUCGGAGACAGAUUGUCAUACCUGUUUUCUAUGAUAUAGAACCAUCUGAUGUGAGGAAUCAAACUGGGAGUUAUCAGCAAGCUUUUGAAAAACAUGAGCGAGAUUUGAGACACAACAAAGACAAGUUGCAGAAAUGGAAAGAUGCACUCACCGAAGCAGCCAAUUUAUCUGGAUGGAACUCUCAAGACUACGGGAUGGAACCAAUUUUUAUUAAGGACAUUGUGGAAGAUGUUUUAAAAAAAUUGAAUCGUAGACAUCCAUUUGAAGUUAAUAAGGAACUUGUUGGCAUUGAGAAAAAGUAUGAAAAAAUGGAAUCUUUGCUGGAAAUUGGGUCAAAUGAUGUUAGAAUCCUUGUAUUAUGGGGAAUGGGAGGCAUAGGAAAGACCACUCUAGCCAAACAUUUAUAUGGUAGACUGUGUUCUCAAUUUGAACGAACUUGCUUCAUUGAAGAUAUAAGGGAAGAAUCAACCAAGCAUGGACUCAAGUUUGUACGCAACAAACUUUUUUCUACAUUGUUGGAGCUUCCUCUCAAUGCACCUUAUGUAGAAACCCCAAUUUCCAUGAACAAACUUGCACAUGAAAGAAGUCUCAUUGUGUUGGAUGAUGUGGCAACCAUAGAGCAAGCAGAAAAUGUUAACAUAGUUAUUAAUUGCUUGGGAGAGGGAAGUAGAGUCAUUAUCACAACUAGAGAUAUGCAGAUAUGUAGCCAAUUUGACAGGUGUGAAAUAUAUGAGUUUGAGGAAAUGAAUGUAGAUGAAUCUUUUCAAUUAUUCUGUUGGAAUGCCUUUAGAGAAAAAUGUCCUAAGGAUGGAUUUUAUAAUCUAUCAAAAGAAGCAAUUCUUUAUUGCAGAGGCAAUCCCCUGGCUUUGAAAGUUUUAGGUGCAAAUUUUCGUACAAAAAAAAGUAAAGAAGCAUGGAAAAGUGAAUUGGAGAAGCUCAAAAAGAUUCCCAAUAGAAGAAUCCAUGAUGUGUUAAAAUUGAGUUUUGAUGACUUAGAUCCUACUCAACAAAACAUAUUUCUAGACAUUGCAUGCAUCUCCACAGCACUACCGCAAAGUUAUCAUUCCAUUAAAGCUAAAUAUUACCGAAUAGCUGUAUGGAAUGCUUGCGAUUUUUUUGCGGAUAGUGGAUUUGAAGUCCUUCUACAUAAAGCACUCAUAUAUUUUGAUGAUUUUGACGUUGACAAAAAUGAAAUUAAAAUGCAUGGUUUGUUAGUAGAAAUGGGGAAAGAGAUUGUUAAAAAAGAAUCUUCCCAAGAACCCGGAAGAAGAAGUCGAUUGUGGGAUCAAAAGGAAAUAUAUGAUGUAUUGAAAUAUAACAAGGGUACUGAAGUUGUCGAAGCUAUAGAAUUUAGAGCAUAUGAUAUUGGAGAUUUAUACUUGAGAUCUUAUUCCUUUAAAAACAUGUCCAACUUAAGACAUCUUCAUAUCACUAUAGAUCUAGACACUGAAGUGCAUCUCUUUCAAGGUCUUGAGUGGUUGUCUGAUAAAUUGAGGCAUCUUUAUUGGGAUUUUUUUCCACUUGAGUCUUUUCCAUCAACCUUUUGUGGAGAAUGGCUUGUACAACUUACAAUGAAGUCUAGCAAUCUUAAAAAGCUCUGGGAGGGAAUUCAGAGGCUUGACAGUCUAAUGAUUCUUGAUCUUGAUAAAUCCAAACACCUGGUUGAGAUUCCAGAUUUAUCAAGGGCCCCAAAUCUUCAAGUAGUAUCCCUUCGUUAUUGUGAGAGUCUCUGUCAACUUCAUCCAUCCAUUUUUAGUGCCCCCAAGCUUAGAGAACUAUAUUUAUCUGGUUGCACAAAGAUUGAAAGCCUGAAAAAUGACAUUUAUACAGAAUCUCUCCAAAUACUUGAUCUCUCUGAAUCUUCAUCUCUUGCGGAAUUUUUGGUGACAUCAGACGAAAUGAUGGAGUUGUCUUUAUGGGGCGCGGAAUAUUUGGUGACAGCGGAGGAAAUGUUGGAGUUGUCUUUAGGGGGCACUGUUGUACAUGGAUUUUCUUCACUUACUAAACUCCACCUUACAGGAUGCUCACAAAUCAAUACAUCGAGUCUUUGGCUCAUCCUUGAUGGCACACCGUCUUUAAGAAGACUAAAUUUGAGAAAAUGCCACAACUUAGAAACUCUCCCUGGCAACAUCCAUAACAAUUCAAUGUUGGAAACUCUUGAUUUAGUUGGAUGCCGGAAACUUAAGUACCUACCAAAGCUUCCAGUUAGCUUGCAAUGUUUGUUAGCCAUUAAUUGCUUUCAUUUGGACACUAUUUCUACUCAACGAUCAAUACUUGAGAAUAUGUUACACAAACUCCAUUCACCUGAUGAGAACAUGUUACACAACAUGCCCCAGAGGAAAGUGGCUUUAUUUUCCUUUCCAGGUGAUCGAGUUCCUAGUGAGUUUUAUUUUCAUACAACAAAGGAUUCCAUAGUUAUUCCUCCUAUUCCAAAAUAUGGUUUGUGUGGUUUCGUCAUUUGCAUCAUUUUCUCUGGAGGAAUGAAUGUUGAUUUAGGUGAAGUUAUUUGUACUAUUUAUCAACACACCGGAGAAAUUGGCGAAUACACUCCAUUGUAUUGGUUAGACGCAUUACAUUCAGAUCAUGUAUCGUUAGGUUGUAUAGGGUGUUAUGAUUCCAACUGGGUGAAGGCGGAGAGUGAAAGUGGAGGUGAUCAUUACAACCUUUCAUUUCAAUUCAGUUGUUGUCAAUAUUUUGGGAUGAAAUCAAAUAGGAUCAUUGGUUGUGGGGUAAUCCCUGUAUAUAACUUGAAUUAUAGUGGAGUUGAAAUUUUUGAAAUACAAUCCAACUCUCAACUAUCUGAUGAGUCUGAUGAUAAUGAGUUACAAUUCUUGGCCAAAGAUGUUGAUUGUCAUCAACAUUCAAAAUUUGAUAUUAAUGAGUCACAACACCAAGAAAUUGGAGCUGAAAAUGAAGAUGACCAGCAACAGCUAAUUAUACCUCAGACAAAAAAUAUGGAAGAGUUGAAUGAUACCUCUUCUUGUUCAUGUUCAAUCGGUUCUUUUGAAAUACAAUCCACUGCUCAACCAUCGGAUGAUUCUGAUGAUAUUGAAGGUUUUGAUGAUUGUCAUCGACAUUCGAUUGUUCAUAUUAAUGAGUCACAACACCAAGAAAUUGGAGCUGAAAAUGAAGAGUACCAGCAACAACUAAUUAUUCCUCAGACAGAAAAUAUGGAGGAGUUGAAUGAUACAUCUUCUUGUUCAUGUUCAAUUGGUCUUUUGUUGAAGCACAUACUAGAAGAAUCAAAACGUGUAUUUCUCAAGCAAAGAUAA